AUGAAAUCUUUCGCAACAACUCUUCACUCCGUCACGCUGAACUGCCGAACAAUGUCGAGUGAGUUCCUCCCAACUGCCCUGUCUAGAUUUCAACGGAAGGAGAAGAGCCCGAAGGAAGCUGUGUCGUCAGCGCGAUCGCGAAAGCGAAUAGACAUCAAGGAGGUCGAAAUGGCAAGGAAAAACCGAGUCGAAGGUUUUCAUGUGUAUCCAAAAGAUGAAAAUGGAAAGUCUGGUGGAGACGACAGGAUGGCUAAAACAAACAAACAACAACAAAAAUGUUGA